UUCUAAUGGAAGAGAGAGAGAAAUGAGCUGAGAUUUUGCGACGGAGGAGGUUUGUCUUUGAGCCACGUAGUACGAACCCUAAAUCCUCUUUUAGCUCUGUCCUCCAUCUUCAAGCUCUCCGAAAAAUCUCAGCUUUCGUCGAAUCUUUCUCAAAGUGAAAUUUUGAAUUGCGUAGCGGCUCCAAAAUCAUGCUGUUCAAUAGGCUAUCAAGAUUAGGUUCUCGCAUUGUUAAAGAGCUCCCAAGAGAGAGGCAUUUCUCAAUGCGUGGAAUGAGGAUUCUACAAAGGUCUUAUGGCCAAUAUCUGCAAUCUUCGCCAAUGCCACAAAGGCAAACUAGGAGUUUCCAUGAAGCAUUUUUCUCGAAUAAUCAUAUGUUUUCUGCAUCAUAUAGCACAGCCACUGAAAAAGGUGGCGAAGAAACAGAAAAGAUAAACGUUAUCUUUGUUGAUAAAGAUGGAGAGGAAAUUCAUGUUAAGGUCCCCAUUGGAAUGAACAUCCUUGAAGCUGCUCAUGAAAAUGAUAAGGUCCCCUGACAUCCAAC